AUGGUAUAUGUUUUAGGUUUGGGUGGUUUGGGUGGUUUAGGCUGGGGAGGCCUCGGCUGGGGCGCGCCCAUCGUCAGCGCACCCAUCUACUCGUACAGCGCGCCAAUCCUGGCUCCCGCCGCCGUCUCCACCGCCAACCUUAUCAAAGCAUCGCCCAUGCCCGUUGUCAAGACCUACUCCGCUCCCAUCAUCACCAGCCCCGUCAUCAGCACCGUAGGCCUCGGUGGUUGGGGCGGCUACGGCCUCGGCGGUCUUGGCUACGGCGGACUCGGCGGUAAAGGCAUGUGGUCUGGAGUCCCUGUCAACACCUGGGGCUACGGUCUCGGCGGCAAGGGUCUCGGCUGGCAUUAAAUGAUGACGAAGUGUUUCUUUCUAUCUCUCUUCGCCGCCACACUUCAAUAAAGCAUUCAC